CGGGCAGAGACGGGGCAGACGAACCGCUGCUAUUGUUAGAGAGAAACCAUGAAUUCGUCCUUUAAACCGGAGCGGAGCGGGCUGUGGGUCUAAUUCAACAUCUGCUACGGCACUACCUCGGAGGGAUCGAUCCGUGACUCGCUGGAUGUGCCAAACGCCGCGGCCAUGUCUGUGACUGUUCAUGAGAAUCGAAAAUCCCGCACCAGCACGGGCUCCAUGAACAUCUCGCUGUUCCACAAGCCGUCGCACCCUGACAGCGUCCUGACUCACCUGAACACCAUGAGGAAACAGUGCAUGUUCACAGACGUCACGCUGUGGGCCGGCGACCGCUCCUUCCCGUGUCACAGGGCUGUCCUGGCCGCCUGCAGUCGAUAUUUUGAGGCGAUGUUCAGCGGAGGACUGAGAGAGAGCCUGGACAGUGACGUUAACUUCAGAGACAGUAUCCACCCUGAGGUCCUGGAGCUCCUGCUGGACUUCGCCUAUUCGUCCCGAGUCAUCAUAAAUGAGGAGAACGCCGAGUCUCUGCUGGAGGCGGGGGACAUGUUGCAGUUUCACGACAUCAGGGACGCGGCGGCAGAGUUUCUAGAGAAGAACCUGCACUCGUCCAACUGCCUGGGGAUGAUGCUGCUGUCAGACGCUCAUCAGUGUAAAAGGCUGUACGAGCUGUCCUGGAGGAUGUGUCUGCUGCACUACGAGACGGUCCGAGAGUCUGAGGAUUUCUACAGCCUGAAUAAAGACAAACUGCUGGAGCUGAUUCUGAGUGAUGAACUGGAGAUAGAAGAUGAACAAGUGGUGUUUAACUCGGUGAUGCGGUGGGUUCGGUACGACCUGGAGGGUCGGCGCCAUCACCUACCAGAGCUUCUGCGAGGGAUCAGACUGGCUCUGCUGCCGUCAGAGUGUCUGCUGGAGGCCGUGGCCUGUGAGGAGCUAGUGAUGGCCGACAAGAGGAGCAGGUCGAUCGUCGAGGAGGCCAUGCAGUGCAAGAAGAAGAUCCUCCAGAACGACGGCGUGGUGACCAGCCCGUGUGCUCGACCACGAAAAGCCGGACACACGCUGCUGAUCCUCGGAGGCCAGACCUUCAUGUGUGACAAGAUCUACCAGGUGGACCAUAAGGCUAAAGAGAUCAUCCCUAAAGCUGACCUGCCCAGCCCCAGGAAGGAGUUCAGCGCCUGUGCCAUCGGCUGUAAGGUCUACGUGACUGGAGGACGAGGAUCAGAGAACGGGGUCUCUAAAGACGUCUGGAUCUACGACACUGUCCAUGAGGAGUGGUCUAAAGGAGCCCCCAUGCUGAUAGCCAGGUUCGGCCACGGCUCGGCUGAGCUGGAGAACAGUCUCUACGUGGUCGGGGGUCACACGGCCAUCGCUGGAGUGUUUCCUGCCUCUCCAUCGGUCUCUCUGAAACAGGUGGAGCGCUACGACCCCCUCAGUAAUAAAUGGACCAUGAUGGCUCCUCUCAGAGACGGAGUCAGCAACGCCGCCGUGGUCAGCGCCAAACUCAAACUCUUCGUGUUCGGAGGGACGACCAUUCACCGAGACAAGGCCUCUAAAGUUCAGUGUUAUGACCCUGUCGGAAACCGCUGGAACAUCGCCGCUGAGUGUCCUCAGCCGUGGCGUUACACGGCGGCGGCCGUGCUCGGGAGCCAGAUCUUCAUCAUGGGGGGCGACACCGAGUUCACCGCCGCCUCUGCUUAUCGCUAUGACUGUGAAACCAAUCAGUGGACUCGAGUGGGCGACAUGACGUCCAAACGGAUGAGCUGCCACGCCGUGGCGUCGGGAAAUAAGCUGUACGUGGUGGGGGGGUACUUUGGGACGCAGCGGUGUAAAACGUUGGACUGUUACGACCCGACGUCAGACAGCUGGAACUCCAUCACCACCGUGCCUUACUCUCUGAUCCCCACCGCCUUCGUCAGCACCUGGAAACACCUGCCAGCUUGAGGGGGCGGAGCCACAACGCCAGCUGAUGAAGACUAGGAUGUGGAGGAUCUCUGAGACUCCAGCCAGGAUCCAGGGACCGCUGUUGUGGAUCAGCCAGACCUCAGUACUGACACUCCUGAAGCUUCCUUCAUCACGGCCCUGAGCCGGCGC